AUGGACCUACAUCCCUUUGAAGACCAUCGGAGUGAAAAAUCAUUCAAGGGUCUUUCCUCAGUUGAGCAUUUUAACAGAUUUCACUGUGGAUGCGAUGCCAACCAGUUUAAAGAAUGUGGGGAAGCCAACAUAAACUCUCCUGUGAGAAUUCUCAAAGGAAAGAAAUGCUAUGAAUGUAACUAUUGUGGCAAAGUUUUUAGUCAGUCCUCAGUCCUCACAAAUCAUAUGAGAACUCACAGUGGAGAGAGGCCUUACAUAUGUAAUGAAUGUGGCAAAGCCUUUAGGCAGUCAUCACACCUCACAAUUCAUAAGAGAUCUCACAGUGGAGAGAGACCUUAUGAAUGUAAUGAAUGUGGUAAAGCCUUUAGUAAGUCAUCAGACCUCACAAUUCAUAAGAGAAUUCACAGUGGAGAGAGGCCUUACGAAUGUAACAAAUGUGGCAAAGCCUUCAUUCGGUCCUCACACCUUACACUUCAUAAGAGAAUUCACAGUGGAGAGAGGCCUUAUGAAUGUAAUGAAUGUGGUAAAACUUUUAGUCAGUCCUCAAAACUCACAGUUCAUAAGAGAACUCACAGUGGAGAGAGGCCUUAUUUAUGUAAUGUAUGUGGUAAAGCCUUCAGUGAGUCCUCAAGUCUCAGAAAUCAUAAGAGAUCUCAUAGUGGAGAGAGGCCUUAUGAAUGUAAUGAAUGUGAUAAAGCCUUCAGUCAGUCAAAAAACCUCACAGUUCACAAGAGAACUCAUAGUGGAGAGAGGCCUUAUAAAUGUAAUGAAUGUGAUAAAGCCUUUAGUCAGUCAAAAAGCCUCACAGUUCAUAAGAGAUCUCACAGUGGAGAGAGGCCUUGUGAAUGUAAUGAAUGUGGUAAAGCCUUUAAUCAGUCCUCACACUUCACAAUUUGUAAAAGAACUCACAGCGGAGGAAGGCCUUCUGAUUCUGCUCACAAGUUGGUCGAGCUGUAUCAGGCCAGCCGUUCACCGUUCAGUCUCACUUUUUCGCCAUCCCUGCUCAUCCUUUCCUAG